CCUCAAUGUUGCGAGCAGCGGUGUCAGAGCGCUUUCAGACUGGAGGGAGUCGGACCGAACGAACUGGGGUUCCCAAAUAACGGGAACAUAGAGACAGACACACAGACGGAUGGCGGGACGGAGCCAAAGAAAACAUACCGCAUAACGGUUACCGUGUUUGUUUUUCGUUGAGCUUUCGUUUAGUAAAAAAAAAAAAAAGCAGGUUUAUACAUUUAUAUUUUAUUUAUCGAUUGAUUGCGUUUUAAUUACCGGCCUGUGAAAUAGAGAGGGGGAGGAGCAAAAGCCAGAUGGGGGUCCCUGUGUAGCCUUACUUAUUAUUUAAUUAUUUAAAUGUAUCAAAUAAUUUAAUUGUAGGCUAUAUUUUAUCAUAAUGCUGCUUUGUGUGCAUGUAUUCGUGAGCUGACCAUAACAAGACAGCUAAUAACCAAAUAUAAAGAACCCAAAAUAACAACUUCACACUGAACAGUUGGUAAGCUUUUCUAUUCCGACAAUACACCUGCUAUAACCGUAAGUAAAAAAAUAAUCGUUUUUAAUGAAAGUAAAACUGGAGAGAUAUUUAUUUAGAAGAUUAAACUAAAGCAAAACCGAUCGAGGAAAAGGAGGCCGCACACCUGUCUUGAUAAGCAAAACAUACGGAAAUACCUUCAAGAAUAUAAGAAAAUAAUAUUCGAUACAGUUGAUAUCUAGGAUGUUUUGUAGCUACAUACAGACCUAACUUUUACCGAUGAGAAAAUACCAGCGUUAGAGAGUCACACUACGUAUUCUGUCAAUGACUAUCAACAGAAGCCUAUUUUACAUAUAGCUGGCCUGGUGUCCCGACUGUCCGUCUGUGUGUUAUUCUCAAGUGAUGACCGUUGUCAGAUCUGUGUAUGGCCCAUAUAUCCAUAUCGAUAUGACAGAGGCACAAAACCAAAAAUGUGAAUGUAGCAUAGGCUAGAUACCAACUCAACCAAAUAUUCUUACUGCUGAACAUAUUUUGAAACGUCUACCUGGAAAGAAUAAGAAGAAAAGCAAAGAAGAACGGAAGACAAGCGCAAUUCGAAGAAAACUGCAAAUAAAAACCAAGACGACAGCGGAUCAUGUUUGUUCCCUUGCCGGUGCCGUUCGUCUUUCAGAGAACUGCUUCCGACUUCAGCGCCUGGCGUCUCAAGUCCCCGCUGGCUCUACGCUCCAGCUCCGAUAUCAGGAUGUCAAAACCAGCAGAGGAUGAGAAGCCUGGGGCAGACUUUCCAGGGGAGAGCACAGACUCCGAGAGGAACAGUCCUGAUGCCAAUGAUCAGGUUCAGCCAAUGAAAACGAGUCCCUUCAGUCUUUCUCCUACCUUGAGCAGCAUCAAGAGUAAAGGUGAGGCAGUACCUGAGAUGAUCUCCACCCAUGUGCCGCCUCCUUCCCAGCAGCAGGCGCCUCACCCUCACACACAACUCAUGUUGGCAGGGAGUCAGCUGGCAGGGCUGGCUGCCCUCUUGCCUGCGCAGCAGCAGCUGUUGCUUCAGCAGGCCCAGGCUCAGCUCCUGGCCGCUGCCGUGCAGCAGUCCAACGCGGCUCACGCUGCUCAUGCCGCCCACGCAGCCGCCCAAGCCAAUCAGCAGCAGCAGCAACAACAGCUGACCAAACAGGAGCAAGCCCCGCCCCAGCUCACCCUCUCUCAGCCUAUCCAGCUCACCGCCCAGGAUAUCCAGCAGCUGUUGCAGCUGCAGCAGUUAGUCCUGAUGCCUGGCCACCACCUGCAGUCUCCUCAGUUCCUCCUGCCUCAGGCCCAGGGACAACAGGGGCAGCAGGGUAAGUGGGACCUACUAAGUUUGCUCUCGACACCUAAUUUAAUUCCGCUACCUCAGCAUCAGCAAAGCCAGGGGAGUCUUCUAACUACUCCACCCAGGCUGGGACUGCAAGCACAGCGUCGCCAUGGUGACGGCCUCUCAUCAUUACAGAGGGACAAGAGCGGGGACUGCGGGGUGACCUCCGGAGCCUCGGCAGCCCCCAUGACCCCGGUGACCUCUGGCCCUCACGGCGAGGAGCCCAGUGACCUGGAGGAGCUGGAGCAGUUCGCCCGCACCUUCAAACAGAGACGCAUCAAACUGGGCUUCACACAGGGUGACGUAGGCAUGGCGAUGGGGAAACUGUAUGGGAAUGACUUCAGCCAGACCACCAUCUCUCGCUUCGAGGCCCUAAACCUGAGCUUUAAGAACAUGUGCAAGCUCAAGCCUCUGCUUGAGAAGUGGCUAAACGACGCAGAGACCAUGGCGAUAGACAGCAUGCUUCCCAGCCCAAACUCUCUCUCCUCCCCCAUGAUGGGAUUUGAGGGCAUGCCGGGGCGCCGCAGGAAGAAACGCACCAGCAUUGAGACCAACGUCCGCGUGGCCUUAGAGCGCAACUUCAUCUUGAACCAGAAGCCUAACUCAGAGGAGAUUCUCCUGAUGGGCCAGCAGCUCAACAUGGAGAAGGAGGUGAUUCGGGUCUGGUUCUGCAACCGGCGCCAGAAAGAGAAGCGCAUCAACCCUUGCAGUGCCACCCCUCCCCUGCCCAGCCAGCCCCCCUCCAUGAUGCACAAACCCCCCUGCUACAGCCCGCACAUGGUGUCCAGUCAGGGGCUGCACCAGGCUGCCACCAGCCUCAGCACAACAGUGACCAGUCCAUUACCCUUGGUGACCUGCCCUCUGACCCCCUGUGGCUCUGCAGCCACCAGCUCCACCCCCUCCUCUAGGACUCCGCCUCCACACAGCACAGCAAGCCCCGCUCCUCCCACCCUCAGUACCCACAGCCUGAACGCUGGGAACACAAUGAUGGGAGUAAGCACAGGGAUGAACCAGGCUCUCGUCAGCAGCAAUCACCUGGCCACAAUGCAAGCUCUGGCUGCCAGUGGUGGGCAGCUGCCCAUUUCCAGUCUUGAGGCCGGAGGUCAGAUGAUCCUGGGCGGGGCUGGGGUUCGCCCCUCCCUAUUCCUCAACCGCCACACCCUCCUGCCUAUGGCGUCCCACCAAGCCGGGGUGGGUUUGGUCGGCGGUCUCAGGGGAGCCUCUCCACCCCCAGGUGCCAGCGGCAUGGACGUCGACUCCUGCUCCGCCUCUCCCUGCUCCAGCCCCGCAUCCUUCGGCUCGUUCAGCGAAGCCUCACCGCCGCCGCUUGGCGGGGCCAUGGCCGAGUGACGACGACACAACCCAAAGGAUCCAAUCGGAAGGAGGAGGAGGAGUUUUAGUUGAGCUUUACAGAAACACCUCACCUUUCAACCAAAGCCAUCUCUCUCUCCCUCCAUUUGUCGCCUCCGCUCUCUCCCGGAGUCUUUCAAAGCCAAAAAAAAUACACAGAUUGAAAGAGGAAGAAGAGAGCGAGGAAGAAUGGAGAGGAGGAGAGAACAGGUGAACGGUGGAGAUUUAAACCAAAAAAUAUAUAUAUCUAUACAGUUGGAGAGGUGGCAUUGUGGCACGCAGUGAAUGCUAAUGUACAUUUACUCCUUUCUCUGGAAAAGAACAAAUGAGCUGAAAAACCUGAUGAAAAAGAGGGCAGGGAUGAGAACUGAACUAAGACAGAGAGAGAUGGCAAGGACAGGAAAAGAAGGAAAGAAAGAAAUACUUUCAACAAGCUUCAGCAGAUGGAUGGAAAGAAAACCAAAUAAAGAAAACCUACAGGGGAAAAACACAGAAAGACAAAAAUGACAAACAUGCCAAAAUCUCCAAAACCGAAAUACCAAAACACUGAAACCAAAAAAACGGAGAGAAAAGCUUUACUUAAAAGACUUAUGAUUCUGAUCUGUCCUGGAUCAGCACAUCAACCACACUUAACAAGGCCAAAAACAUGUAUCAUUUCAUCAUAAUAUAUUAUUUUAAAGUUUUGUUUUCAACACUUUUUCAACACUUUUACAACACUUAUUUUUUGUAUUUGAUAUGAUUUGAGCUUUGGGUUAUGUCAUACCAAAUGAUUUGAUAUAGAUAUCUUAGUAGUGUCAGUCCUCCCACAUAUCUCUACCUACCUCUCUAGUGGCUCUACAGUUUCAACCUAGUUACAGUAUUAAACUGUGUUGUGGAUUUAGCAGUCACCUCAGACUAAUAACAAUUAGUAACUUUCCAACUUAUUUUGUGGUUUAUUUUCUUAUUUCUUAUUUUUCUAAUGAUCAUCGUAAUUAUCAUCAUCACCAUUAGGGUUAUUAUCUUCAAUAUUUGUUUAAUAUGAUGAGAUAUUUUUAUUUAACUAUGCAGGUCAGUUAAGAACAACAUCUUAUUUACAAUGACGUCCUACCCCGACCAAACCCGGAUGACGCUUGGCCAAUUGUGCGCCGCCCUAUGGGACUCCCAAUAACGGCCGGUUGUGAUACAGCCUGGAUAUUAUUGCCUCCUUUGUUUCAUAACUUAUUUUAUAUAGUGGAGUCAAAAAUUAUUGACACCCUUGAUAAAGAUGAGCAAUAAUGACUCUAUAAAAUAAAUUAUUAAAAUACUGGGCUAUAUUGUAUGCAAAAAAAAUGGGAAAUUAUAUUAUGUUAUAUGAAUAAUUGCUCAGAGAAAGAGAUUCUGUUUAACUAGCAAUACAACAUUUUUUUUUUUUUAAAGAUAGGGGUCAAAAUUAUUGUCACCCCUGUUUUCAAUACUCCAGCAUCCUCCCCUUGUGAUGAUAAGGACACUGAGCCUUUUUCUAAAAUGUUUUAUGAUAUUGGAGAACACGUUGGGAGGGAUCUUUGACCAUUUCUCCAUACAGAAUCUCUCCAGAUCCUUGAUAUCCUUUGUCUGCGCUUAUGGACUUCCAUCUUCAAUUCAAACCACAUGUUUUCAAUGGUGUUCAAGUCUGGAGACUGAGAUGGCCAUAGCAAAAUGUUGAUGUGUGGUCAAUUAACCAUUUCUUUAUGGAUUUCGAUUAGUGGUUGGGGUUAUUGUCUUGCUGGAAUAGUCCCAUAACAUCAAUGAUCCACCACCCUAUAUUACCGUAUGAGGAACUUUUUCACCACUGGUGUGCGUGGCCAAAGAGAUCCAUUUUCAUGUAAUCUGAACAUAGAGCUCUUUGGCCAAGCACACCAGUGGUGGGUUUGGUGUUGAAAAACCGAAGCAUAUGCAUAAAAGUACCUCAUACCAAUGGUAAAAUAUGGUGGUGGAUCUUUGAUGUUAUGGGGCUAUUUUGCAUCCAGUGGUCUUGGGGCCCUUGUUUUAAGGUCAAUGGCAUCAUGAACUUUCCCCAGUACCAGGGCAUUUUAACCGAAAACCCGGUUGCCUCUGUGGAACUGAGUGUGGAACUUCCAGCAAGACAAUAACCCCAAGCACUAAUCAAAAUACACAUAGAAAUGGUUAAUUCACCACAAAAUUAACAUUUUGCAAUGGCCAUCAGUCUCCGGACUUGAAUCCCAUUGAAAACCUGUUGUUUGAAGGCUCAGUGCAGUUAUCCUCGCAAGGGAAGGGUGCUAGAGUAUUAAAAACAAUAAUUCUGAACAAUAAUUCAAUAAUUCUGACCACUAAUUCUGACCACUUUUUUGUUGUUGAUUUUCUUGUAUUACUUGUUAAAAAAUAUAUAUUUCUCUGAGCAAUUGUAUUAGUGUAAAAUAACAUAAUUUCUCCAGGUUAAAAAAAACGAACAAUAUAGCUCAGUAUUUUUAUAAUUUAUUUUAUACCGUUUUUUUUAUCACCUUUAUCAAGGGUGCCAAUAAUGAUGGACCUGACUGUAUAUGAACACCAAAAUGUACUCUACUGCCUGUUGCUUCAAGCACACAUACAUACACACACACACACACACACACACACACACACACACACACACACACACACACACACACACACACACACACACACACACACACACACACACACACCAGACUACACUAAAAUGUAUCGAGAUGUUGAACCAAAAUAAUCCUUUAUGCCUUUCAUUAUAGUUGUUUGCCUGUUUUUUUAAAAUACACUACCGUUCAAAAGUUUGGGGUCACUUAGAAAUGUCCUUGUUUUUGAAAGAAAAGCACAUUUUUGUCUAUUACAAUAACAUCAAAUUGAUCAGAAAUACAGUGGAGACAUUGUUAAUGUUGUAAAUUACUAAUUGUAGCUGGAAACGGCGGAUUUUUAAUGGAAUAUCUACAUAGGCGUACAGAGGCCCAUUAUCAGCAACCAUCACUCCAGUGUUCCAAUGGCACGUUGUGUUAGCUAAUCCAAGUUUAUCAUUUUAAAAGGCUGAUUGAUCAUUAGAAAACCCUUUUGCAAUUAUGUUAGCACUGCUGAAAACUGUUGUUUUGAUUUAAGAAGCAAUAAAACUGUCCUUCUUUAGACUAGUUGAGUAUCUGGCGUAUCGGCAUUUGUGGGUUCGAUUACAGACUCAAAAUGGCCAGAAACAAAGCACUUUCUUCUGAAACUCACCAGUCUAUUUUUGUUCUGAGAAAUGAAGGCUAUUCCAUGCGAGAAAUUGCCAAGAAACUGAAGAUUUAGUAUAACGCUGUAUACUACUGUGUACUACUAUUUCUGAUCAAUUUGAUGUUAAUUUAAUGGAUAAAUAAUUCGCCUUUCUUUCAAAAACAAGGACAUUUCUAAGUGACCUCAAACUUUUGAAUGGUAGUGUAUAUAAUUUCCAUAUAAUUCCACCAACUUCAUAUCAUUCACUUCCAGUCAGUCACUCUUGGAUACCAAAGCAUUGUUUCUCCCAGCCGGAAGAGCCGGGAAACAAGUGUUCAGACAGAAACCUCAGCAGUGUCAAAAACCAAACACCCAAUAACAGGACGACUCCACACCAAAAAAAAGUGACAGCGUCCCUCCCAACCCCCUGCCCUCCAUCCCUUCUGUCCCUCUCCUUUGCCUCGAAAGAUGGGGUGAAAGGGCCAAAAAAAGAAGAGAAGAAAACAAAAAGACUACACAGAGAAGUCAAAGGCAAAAACAGGAUCUGUUGGAAACUGCAGGGGAAAACCGAGGAGAAAGCUGGAACGGAGGACCCAAACCAAAAAAUAACCUAACCAAAACCUCCGUAUGAGCAACUAAACUGAACAGAUAAGAAACCAAAAACCAAAUACAACACGUUGUAGACAAAGAGGAGGAAGAGGAGGAGGAAGAGAGAGGGAGGGGUCAAGCCCUGUCUGUAUGUCGGAGACAGAGGCCUUCCCUCUCACUCUCUCCUCCCUCCUCCAUUUGUGACCUCCUUUGUUCACCCUUUUCCUGGACGGAAUAGCUAAUGACCUCGCUGAACUGAAUUAACAAAUAUAUAUUUUUUGCUUUUCAUGGUCUGUCUGUCGAUUGCUGUAUGACUUUGUCUCAUUGCUUUCUACUUGACGGGGUGAUUUAUUGCCUAUUUUCAUAUCUUGUCUGGGUUCUUUUUUGUUGUUGUGCUUUUUUCAUUAGGUGGUUGGAAAUAAUACUGUGAAAAUGUAGCUUCCAAAUUUUUCUUUGAUCAAGAAUGUCGUGAAAAAGCCAAAACUGAAUACCAAAAGCGAAACUUUUUGACACACAGACAUACCAAAUACCAACCAAACCAAUGCACAAUUGUCAGAGAGGAACAGUUGGAUAACUGUGUUUGUGCUAGGUUUUCUGGAUAGAUAUAUAGAAAGACUGGUAGAGCAAGAAAGGUGCUGUGCGAGCGUGUGCAUUCAGGCAUGCUUCCAUACAUGAUUGAGCGUAUACCUGUGUGUGAGAUAUGGAUGGUGUGUAUGUGACAGGAGAGGAAAAGUGAGAUCGAAUGAGUGUGUGGAAAGAGUUAUUCUCUUGCAUAUUAACCAACCCAUAAAGAUUCAGUACACACUGUUCUGUCUAGUGUACCACAGAAUAGUGUUUGAUAAAGGCAUGGAACGUCACACGUGAAAUGAGGCAUACUUGGGCACAUAUAGGCAGAUAUUAAAGGCAACCAAUGAUAAUAUUGUGGGGAGGGGCGGGUGGAAAUCAACUGAAAACCAGUUGACAGACACUUUUAGAGGGGAUUUAUCUGUUAGUGCUUCAAUAGAUUUUGUAGGAAAAAAUAUAUAUGUUCUACUGCUUAUUUAUUGCUAAUGUAUAAAAGGCUGUGAAAUGAUCCUUUAUACAAAUGUUGAUGAUAAUAAUGACUUGAUUUUAGACCAAAAGCUUUAAACUAUCUCUCUGGGGAUCUUUGUUUGAAGAUGUGUAUUUAUUCAUGUUCGGGGGAGGAUACAUUUCUUUGCAAAUGAUUUGUACGUUAUGAACUCUCACCUGUUUAUUUAUUGAUUCAUUCAUUUAUGUAAUUUAUUUGUUAUAUUUCUGGAUUGGGACCUUUGAGGUUCUAUUUUGGAGAGAGGUGAUCUUGAGAUUAAGACAAGAAGACAAAAUGCUUUAAAACACAAAGAAAAAGGCGGAGCUUUAAAACAAAAACUGAAACCAAAUGUAAAGACUGUGGGUGUCAUCUCAGAGCCCAUGUCAACUGAUUAAAGCCCUAACCUAACGGAGAGUAAGAGAGGGAGAGGGAGAGGGAGAGGGAGAGAGAGAGACUAUCAAACUGAUCCAUGAAAUGAGUACAUUUUAGAGUUAUAGUGGCCCCUGAAAUUUCUCCUUUCGCUUUUCUGCUUACACCUGUGAGUGCCAAUAGGAGUUCAGACACGUCUAGAUGCCUCUAGAUGUUCACACUUUCUCUCUCUCUCUCUCUCGCUGUCUGGUCCCGUCUUUCAUUUCAAGGUGAGGGCGACGUCAUAUAUACCUCAUAUUCUUUGAUGAAAAACCAAAUAGACAGAAGCUUUAAUAAGACAUGUGACCAUGGUCGUCUUGGCUCAGGAGAGGGGUACAAGAACUGGCCUGGCUAUUGAGUUUGAUGAACAAGCCUUUAGAACACUUUUUUUUUAAACAGUUCAAAAAAACAACCGUUUGUAAGCAGUUUCCUCUGUUUUAUAGGUCACUCCUCAGAAGUAGAUGCACCACUCCUCUCUCCUUCAGUGGGUCUUUGAUUUCUGUUGACAAUGCUGUGAGGGUAUUGGAGGUGUUUAUGGCAAUGUUUCUUCUGAGAAGGUGUGUGUGGGAUAUUAACAUGAUGCUAAUACUGUACAGUAUGUGUGCCUGUGUAGGGCUCUCCUGUGGUGGACCGAGAAUGAUACCAAAGUCAAACCACACAGUGAGACCACACACACAAAACGCACACACACACACAGCUAAUCCAUUUGUAUAUAAACAUUCAGGAGUCUUCAUAAAGACUGUAAAUGCUACAUAAUGGUGUUUAUUACCCUUCAUUGAUAUCAAAAGACAUACUACUGUCUUCAAGAGCACUUAAUGCUAUGAAGCAAUGCGCCUUGAAUUGUGACCAUUUUAUACUGUAGUUAUAAGUGGCUAUGAAUGUUUGUUUUAUGUGCUUAUUAAGAAUAUCCUCAAUUUAUAGGUCUCCAUGAACUAAGAUAUUUCUUUGGCCUUGAGAACAUAAAUAUGUCUGAACGUCACAUCAAAUCAAAUUGGAUAUAGUAAAAGAGAGAACAAACAGUCAAUUUGGCCCUUAUUCUUUGUUUAUUUUUUAAACAUAUUUUUUUCUACAAUACAGCUUAAAUCCAAAGGUAAUUUCAUUAGUACGGCAAAGAAAGAUUUUACUAAUGAAAACCUCAAUAGUGAAAACCAAAGAACUCCACCAACCUUUUUUAUUUUACACAUAAAAAAUUGCCAUUUUUCUUUUUGAUGGUAAAAACUCAAAAAGUUCUCUUUAAUACAAUGUUUGAUGAUGAUGAUAACUAUGAUGAUGCUGAUGAUAACUAAAACACUGCUCUCUAACUUUGUAUCUGAUCUGUUAUGACCCAUUUCAUUUCUGUUUGUGAGUAACCUGCUUUUACCUCAAGUCUCUCUCUGAGUUAGUAACCCGUUUUUUGAUUUUGUUCCCAACUGUUAACCUGUCCCUUACUCAUCGCUAUGGGUGUGCCUGUUGUUUGGGGGGAGGGGGACAAAUGAAACAGUAAGUGUUAGGAAUAAAGUGCGAAUUUAGACCAA